CCCAGCCAAGGGAUGGGGGCGUGGACGAGCCUUGGAAAAGUUACAGCAGAUUGCAAAGGCGGCGGGCGAGGGAUCACAGAGACCCAGCCCUGCAGGGAGGCGGAGAUUUGCAGCGGGUGUUGGAUGCGUCGGGGCCGUAAGCAGUGUAGAGGCCCGAGGGACAGAUCCGGACCUCGCCCGCCCGCCAAGCCAUGGCGCCCUCAGGGCACCUCGUGACCGGAGCCUCCUUCGCCUCCUUCCGGGGGAUGCACUGGGGGCUGCAGCUGCUGCCCACGCCAAGAUCUGCUGCUCAGGACCGUUGGAAGUGGCGGAACACCUGUGUCUCGCUGGCGCUCAGUCUGUUCACCGGGACCGGGGCGCUGCUCGGGCUGAAGCUGUACCCUCAGAUGGCCACCGACCCCAUUCAGGUCCCCCGCCCCCCCCCCCCCCGGGCCCUGGUGCUGGUGGCUGUAUCCGGGGGUUAUUUCCUGGCUGAUGGAGCUGACAUGCUGUGGAACCAGACCCUGGCCCAAGCCUGGAACCAUCUCUGUCACCAUUUGGUGGUAGUCAGCUGCCUCAGCACUGCCAUUCUCUCAGGCCACUACGUGGGCUUCUCUGUGGUGUCUCUGCUCCUGGAGCUGAACUCCGCCUGCCUGCACCUAAGAAAGUUGCUGCUGCUUUCUCAACAGGCCCCAUCCUUGGCUUUCAGUGUGGCCAGCUGGUACCUGGUACCGCUGGGGUGGAUGAGUCUAUGGUUGAUCGAGCAGCACCAGGUGCCUCCUACUCUGGUUGUUCUCGGUGGAACUGGGCUGGUCACUGUGGGUACCAUGAGCAUCAUACUGAGUGUCCGUAUUUUGGUUUGUGAUGUCCUGUGUUCUCGGCCCCGCUCAUCUAUCCUUGGUCACGAGGAAAUCAGGAAUCCCAGGAGAUACUGUGAUGGUGAGACUGACACUAGGGAUGAUUCUACUCUCAGCCUGAAAGACUAGAGAGAAAUCUCAGGUUCCUCUUCUGCCAGUCUUGAAGGAGGUAGGACCAGGAAAAGAAGAUGGUGGUCAUCAAUGCACAGUCCCCUACUGGGGUAAGAACUGGACUGGAUUUUCAGUAUCUCAUUCCCUCUUCCAGCUAACUCACACCCCUCCCCCAUUCCUAGGAUCUGAGAAGAAAUACUAAUGAUGUUCAUGGGUAGGAAUCUGGGCUAUUUUUCACUGAAUCUUAUCAUCAGAUGACUGUUCUUUCCCGCAAACUAACUCAAAAGAUACAGCCACUGCUACCAAUAAGGAUAGCAGGAGGCAUGAAACUGGACAAAACUAACAAUAGGAACAGAAACCCUUUGCUUUAGAUGAGGAAAGAUCUCACUAGGAUCAGAGAAAUCUGGUAUGGAGUGGGUGAGGUCAGAGAGACCUCACCUAUGACCAAAUUCUGGCAGUGGGAGGAGAAUACAACAGGUGCUCUCUGUAGCCAGUUGAUAUGUAGACAUAACAGUUGCCAAGAGACCGAAGAACCUGGGCCAUAGCAAUUGCUGCUGGUAUUUCUGGUUCUCAUAGCCCCGUUGUGCUUGUACUUAACCCUAAUCAUUCUGUGUCCAGCAUCUGCCUUUUUAAUUUUUUUAGCAUCUUCUGACCUUUUUAAAGAAAAUGCAUAUUCUUAGAGGAAUGAACAUGGGGCUAGGUCUGUCUUCUUAGGACAAUACUAAAGUCCAGAGCCAUAACAAGGACUCAAACGCCCAUUCUGCAGUGUAGGGUCUUCCCAGGCCCAGGUUUUCAUGGAAGAAGGAAGCAGAGACAAAAGCAGUUGAGGGAAAGCUUCCAUUGGGCUGCAGAGGGAUUAAGGAAUAUCUGACUCUCUUCUGGGAGUCAUUUGCAAGCUCCCCUUUCUCCCCUGCUGCUUCUGCUGAUUUUUUUUUUCUCCUACUGCACAAGACCCCUCCCUUCUUCAGGCAAAACAUCCAGGUUAUGGGAAGUGCAGAACGGAUUAAGGUUGCUAUUCUACUAAACAAUGGAUGGAGAGAGAUAACCCAUAGUGACCCACAGAAAAGAUACAUGAGCAAAAGGAAGCAACAGGAAGAUUUAUUUUUUUAAUCCUGCCAAAAAGCUGAGCUAGAGGAAAGCAAAGGGGAUGUUAGAGACAGACAGACAUAGAUUGGGAGACAGAUAGAAAGAGAAGGAUUAUGGGCUGGCCGAGUGGCGCGAUGGUUAAGAACUGGCUUGGGGCCGAGUGGCG